AUGUCUCUCAGACUGCUGCCUGCUUUCGUUGUGGAUAACGAUGACGAUGAUGACGGUAACUUCACAAAAUGGAUGAGUAGUUACUGGGGUCACGGAGCAGAAGGUGGACACUCCAGAGAAAGGAAGCGCAGUUUCAGAAGAACUGCAAAAACACAAGCUGAUCGAAGAUCACUCCCAACUGUGUCACAAUUAGACGCCAUGAAGCUCAACAAGCUGCACGCAGCGACGAUGGCUCCCAGCCCGAGCCACAUCAAAACCAGGGAGGAGAAGGGGGAGGCCAGGCCCCACCAGAGAGCUCGCCGCUCCUCCUCAGACGACAACAGCCGCCCCAAGACCGCCAUCCCAGAGAACCGCAUCACCACCAUCCCCGAGCUCACAGAGUCACUGGAGAAGAGGCUGAUUCUCCGGGACAAGAGGACCAUGUCUCUGAUUGAGGACGACAAGUUGUGCCUGAUCUGUCAUGAGGACAUGAAGAAUAAUGGAGGAGGAGUUCAAGAGCUGCACUGCACACAUCGCUUCCACAAAGAGGCGGCUCGGAGGUCAGAGCAGGGUCGGCCCCGCAGCGGCAGCGAGGCGGCGGCCUGUCAGCUGAGGAAGCUCUCAGAUGAGAGGAGGAAGUCUGCAGACGGACCGAUCUCCAUGGAGAAGGAGCAGCACACGCCCCGCCGUCAACUCUCCCUGCGGAGACAUCGCUGA